AUGGACGAAUCUCUCCUCUCCGACCCCGUUCCGCCCCCCUCGUCCGACCUCCGAAGUCUGAGCUCUUCCGGUCGCACCAAGACGACGCCCAUAGAUCUAGAGACCAUGGCAAGCUCCGGUCGCAGCAAUGGCCGCUCCUCGUCCAUCGACUCCAGCUCCGACAGGCCGAAAUCACAGUCCGGCGAUGCGGACUCCGCCAAGGCAGGCUCCAGCGGAUUCUCCAAGCUACUAGCCGCGCGUCGCAACAAGAAAAAGAGGAAGGACACCCAGAAGCAACCAGACGAACUGCCAACUCAGUAUGAGUUGGAGGAUGACCAGCACAUACAGGACAGUCGCUCAAACGAACCGUGGAAUGGCAAUCCGUCUUUGAUCAACGACCUGCCGCCCCCUCCGGACAACGACGCUAUCAACCUCCUCACCGAUGACUCCGAACCUGACCGCACGCCACCACUCACCUCGCAUAACUCCCAUAGUGGCUUCUACACCUCGUCCUCCCCUUUGAUCAAAACAACCUCCGUGGAAGCUACCGAUGAUGGUGCUCAGGGAGACCUCGAGUCGGUCGUCAGUGGUCCGAGUGCCGGUCCAGAGUCGAUUCCAGACUCGGAACGCUCAAGGCCCACGAGCCAACACGGUCAUACCCUAAGUGUACCUUCAUCUGGAAAGAAGAGGGGCACCUCUCCCGGUCGACGAUUCAAGAAUCCUUUCACGUCGAACUCGGAGAAGAAGCCCAAUCGAGAUAGAACAAACUCGACAUCCGCAGAAAGCACGAAAAGCACGAAAAGCAGAAGUGGUAGUGUGUCGGCAAAAAAGGCCCCUGUCAUAGUUGAAGACGAGCCUGUUCCCAAAAUCCCGGCCCCGAUUUUGACGGACUUGAAGGAGGACAAACCGCUCUCCUUGGAGGCUCCUGCUCCAAGGACGCCCCCCCACACAGCGAUCCCGCAACCCUCGACCACGGUAACCCCUCCGACUCCGCGGACAACAGAAUUCCCCAAGUUCUUCGCCUCUCCGGAGGUGGCGGCCUCGCCCGACUCGAUGCACUCGAAGGACGGUGUCGUGGUCAGCCCGUCUGGCAAUAUGAUCUCCCAUCGGCGCGUGCGGUCUGCCUCGGCUGCAAGCCACAAACCGAGCAAGCUGUCGAAUUCUAUAUCUGCCAUGGGUCCCACCGCAGAGGAGACCAAGGCGACGUCGAAAGCUCCCCCGAGCGCCCAGCAGUCGAGCUUCUUUUCGUCGGUCUUUUCUGCCGCACAGAAUGCCGCAUCAUCCCUCAGCAGCAGCCUCAAUGCGCAAUCGAAAGGUCGCAGCGUCAGUCAGGCAGGGGCGGGAGAGCACGACAAUCGUGCUACCGCUGAGAAACAGGAAAGUUCGACUCAGGCGGUGGAAAGCAGAAAGUCAGACGAGAAGAAGCCCAUGGCUGUUGACACCCUGGGAUCGGGUAACCUGGAUUUUAGCCACUUGGACAUAGCAAUCCCUCCUGGUGGAUCAGUCUCGACUCCAGACGGGGUGGUAAUUACCAAGCCUGAGCUACCAUCAGAUCGGCGCAAAGGCCCUGGCGUUCUGCAGCGUGAUGAAGAAGCUGCUAGACUGGAAGAUAGCCGCGCUGCUCGAGCAGUCACCAUGGCCUACGAGCAACCGGCCGCCACCUCUCUCGCCCCGCCCAUGGAUGACGGCGUUGAUGGCCAAUCCAGCACAUCGCUCACUAGGGAAGGGACUGGGAACCAGACGACGCCCAGCGGCAGCGUUGUGGAGGGCGAGUUGGGAGGUACCCGGCCAUAUCGAAGCGGUAGCAUCCGAAGCCGGAUGGCCCGGCGGAGAAAUCGUGGCUCAUCUGGAGCCACCACUUCGACGAUCGGCGCGAUUGGUGCCAGCGCAAUAGCCCUAGGAGCCCCUGGGGCUAAUGCCAGUGUGCCACGGCUCACCGGAUUCGCUGUUGCUAGCAAAAAGCGUAACCGGGACUUCCAUCAAUUGUUCCGCAGUGUCCCCGAAGAUGACUACUUGAUUGAGGAUUAUAGCUGCGCUUUGCAGCGAGAGAUCAUUCUGGCUGGUCGCAUCUACAUCUCUGAGGGGCAUAUCUGCUUCUCCAGCAACAUUCUGGGAUGGGUGACAACCCUCGUUAUCAGCUUCGAUGAGGUUGUGGCGAUUGAGAAGGAGUCAACCGCGAUGGUCUUUCCAAAUGCGAUUGCGAUCCAGACUCUUCAUGCGCGACACACCUUCCGUAGUCUUCUGAGUCGAGAGUCCACAUAUGAUCUUAUGGUCAACAUCUGGAAGAUCAACCAUCCUGCCCUCAAGAGCUCAGCAAACGGAACCAGGGUCACUGACGGCACCGGAGACAAGACGGAAAAGGCCGCUGAAAGCGACGUGGAAAGUGACGACGAAGACGAGAUUUAUGAUGAGGAUGAGGAAGGGGACAAUGCCGACAGCAUCUUCGAAGGAGCCACCAGUGUUCAUGGCAGCGAGAAGUCUGUCCCCUCAAAGACAAUCAGUCGCCAAGCCUCAGGGCUCCUCCAAGGCGCCAAUAAUGGACAAUCGGCUUCGAACGGUGAGGCCAAAGGUAGCAAAGCGAGCUCCCCCAGCGACGGUGAUACGGAUUUCCCUGGACCCGCUACCCACGCGCCUACUGAGUUCACUGAUCCUUCGGGACAGUACGAUAAGGUGAUCAAGGACGAAAUCAUUCCUGCUCCUCUAGGCAAAGUAUACUCCUACAUCUUCGGCCCCGCAUCAGGCGCAUUCGUACCCAAAUUUCUGGUCGAGAAUCAGAAGUCUGGCGAGCUUCAGUUUGAGAGCGGUAACAAAGGUCUUACCAACGAGAGUAAAACCCGGAAAUACUCGUACAUCAAGCCACUAAAUGGAUCCAUUGGGCCCAAGCAGACCAAAUGUAUCAGCACAGAGAGCUUGGACUUUUUGGAUCUGGAGAAGGCAGUGCUGGUCACUUUGAGUACCCAAACGCCCGAUGUUCCAAGCGGUAAUGUCUUCUGUACGAAGACCAAAUACCUUUUCACUUGGGCGGCGAACAACCAAACCCGGUUCCUGAUGACCUGUACUAUCGAGUGGUCCGGAAAAAGCUGGCUGAAAGGUCCCAUUGAAAAGGGUGCCAUUGAUGGCCAAACCUCAUUCGGAACUGAGCUUGUGAAUGCUCUCAAGGCUGCAGUUGCACCACGCGGUCGCGCCGGCGGUGCCAAGUCCGGUAAAGGCAAGGGCCGCCGCAAGAGAAGUGAGUCCGCUCAAGAAGACUCUGCAUCAGAGACAAAGGUAGCAGAGAAGGCAGCUGCUGAGAAAGCAACAUCGUGGGGACCCUUGGAACCGCUACAUGGGAUUCUCGGGCCUGUAUCGGACAUGGUCACGCCUUUGCUGAGCGGCAAUGUAACCAUCGUGAUCAUCGGCAUUCUUCUCUUCAUACUCUUCUUCCGAAGCCCUUCUCAGUCGUCGACGAUGUCUCACGAUAUCGGGUGUCCGGGCUAUUCCUUGCCUCAGCGUCUCGCUGCCUACGAAGAGAUGUGGCGCCGAGAGGAAAGUGAGCUCUGGAGCUGGCUGGAAGAUCGAGUUGGCAUGGAUGGUCUGGCCUUUCCGACGGUCAGCCAGCCGUCCGGUUCGCGGACGCACCAUCUGUCGAGAAAGAUGCAAGGUGAGCGUGCGCUCGCCGGCAGAGUGGAUGAAGAGAAGAUGUCUGAUCUCGAGAUGGACCAUGCCAUCCGGUCCACACGCGAGCGGCUCGACACGCUGGAGAAGAUUCUUUCUAGCCGACGAUCCGACGCAAAGCCAGUGGAGCAAGAACUUCUCCACGGGGAGUUGUAAAUAAUGUUUGGUUCUCCCUCAGACAAAAGCGACAAUUACAAUAUGUGACUCUGUACAGGGCCAGUCCUUGCUUGGCUGGUGAUUGAACCCAGUCUCUCGUGACUUUUCUUAUCUUCCAUGUUUGUUCAGCGAGUUCUCUGUGUGGUCGGCACACUUGAUUUAAAUUUCUGAUUUUUUUGAGCUGAAUCCAGCAGUUGGUCCUCUGAGCAUCAUCAAUCUGGGAUUUGCAUGUUUUAUGCCUAUGGAGGCAGAUUAUCUGUUUGAUUCUUAUCAUCUUUUACAGAUACUUCCUGGUCUAUCGUUGAAAGCUUUGUCUCCGCUCUGAUAAUCAGUGUCGAGCGUGAGUAUUUCUUUUUGUUGUACAUGAACCCAACCCUCACUCGUUCCUUCAUCAUAUGUCUAUACAGAGAUCCGAUACUAGGCUAGACCCCAGCACUAGCUGGAAUCAUUUCCUAUCUUACACUCUACUCAGUU